AAAAUAUCUGAGUUUUUCCCUGCCCGUCUCAUGUCGACAAAUAGAAACGUAUUCGACCUUUUGCAGCCAAUUUUCAGCACAAGAUGUUAAUGAUGCUUCAGCUUUGCCAAGUUAUGGUGAUGAUCAGUUUCUCGAGCUCUAUUACUUUGCUUGCUUCUGAUCAGCUACAUCCAGGAGAAGUUGAAGCGUUAAGACAAAUCGGUAAGACAGUAAACGAGGAUGGCCAGCUACCCUUGAAGUUCGUCGAUAGUUGUCAACCGAAUGGACUCGUUAAGACAGAACUGACUUCUGCUCCACCAAACUUAGAAGGGAACAGCACCAUCGAAUGUAACUGCAGCAUCACUGAUGAUAAUUACUGUCACAUUACUUCAUUCCAGCUCAAAGAUUACAGUCUUCCAGGCAGGCUUCCUCCGGAAUUGGCCAACCUUACUUAUGUCCAAAAAAUAGAUUUCACUCGCAACUAUCUAUACGGCACAAUCCCGGUGGAAUGGGCUUCGAUGAAAAAUCUGUCUUCCAUCUCGCUUACUGCAAAUCGCUUGUCAGGAAAUAUUCCUGGACAUUUGGGAAGUUUUACCGCCCUCACCUACUUGAGCCUUGAAUCAAAUCAGUUUUCUGGUGUUGUCCCACCUGAGCUUGGCAAGCUUGUCAACUUAAGAACUCUGAUACUCUCUAGCAAUAAGUUAGUGGGGACCUUGCCAGAGGCACUUGCGCAGAUAAAAGACUUGAAGGAUUUUCGCGUAAAUGAUAAUAAUCUUAAUGGUACCGUACCCGAGUUCAUUGGGAACUGGACUCAACUUCAAAAGCUUGAGUUGUACGCGACUGGAUUGCAAGGACCUAUACCUCUUGCGAUUUUUCAUUUGGAAAAGUUGUCUGAUUUGAGGAUUGCUGAUAUGCCUGGACCAGAGUUUCAGUUACCUAACUCGCCGAUUGAAAGGCAAUUCUUGGUUCUGAGGAACAUCAAUUUAACUGGAACAAUCCCAGAAAACGCAUGGAAAGUGGAAAAAACACUCGACUUAACUUUUAACAAGUUGGUUGGGGAGAUUCCUCCUAAUACAAUACGACGACGACAGUUUACGUUUUUGAGUGGCAACAAGCUGACUGGAACAGUGCAGGACUCAUUCCUCCAAAACAGCCAAAAUCUCGAUGUUUCGUACAAUAACUUUUCACGGUCACCAAGAUGCAGCAGCAGUAACGAGAAUAAUAUAAAUUGGUUUCGAAGCUCGUCCAGCAAUAAUAAAUUAAGCGAUCUUCUUCCAUGCUCAAGGAUAUCUCGGUGCCCAAAAUAUUAUCGUUCAUUUCAUAUAAACUGUGGUGGACAAGAUGUAAAGAAUGGGAAAAUCUUGUAUGAAGGUGAUCAAGAUAGUGGAAGUAAUGCUGCUGCAAGGAGUUAUAAUAGAUCAGGAUCAAACUGGGGAUUCAGCAGCACCGGAGAUUUCAUGGAUGAUGAAAAUUUCUAUGAUAACAAAUAUACGCUUCAAUCAAAUUCUAAUAUUUCUCUAGUUGACUUUGGAUUGUAUGCAACAGCACGUAAAACUCCCCUGUCUGUCACUUAUUAUGGAUAUUGUCUAGAAAAUGGGAAUUACACUGUCAGACUCCACUUUGCUGAGAUACAAUUCACAGAUGAAAAACUGUACAACAAAGUUGCAAGGCGUGUUUUUGAUAUUUACAUUCAGGGAAUACAAGUGCGAAAGGAUUUUAACUUUACAGAGGAAGCCAAAGGAUCUAACAGAAAUUUCACGAGAGCAUUCACCACCACUGUGACAGACCGUACCCUGGAGAUCCGAUUAUACUGGGCUGGAAAAGGCACUACUACCAUUCCAAUAAGAGGAAAUUAUGGUCCUAUAAUUUCUGCUAUAUCCGUAUGUUCAGGUAACAGAACUUAUUGUGAAGAACCUGAGGAAACAAGAAAGAAACCUAUUGUGAUCGGAGUUGUCACUUCAGCAGUAUUCCUUGUUUUCUUGGUAAUGGGUGUCCUUUAUUGGAAGCUCUGCUAUGGAGACAAAUACACAAGAGAACGAGAGCUUAAAGGGCUGGAUUUGAAAACCGGUUCCUUCACCUUGAGGCAGCUAAAAGCGGCCACUGACAAUUUCAAUUCAGAAAACAAGAUUGGAGAGGGUGGUUUUGGAUCCGUAUACAAGGGUGAAUUAGCAGAUGGUACUAUUAUUGCUGUUAAGCAGCUAUCUCCAAAAUCCAGGCAAGGAAACCGUGAAUUUGUGAACGAAAUAGGCAUGAUAUCUUGUUUACAGCAUCCCAAUCUUGUAAGGCUUUAUGGAUGCUGUAUUGAAGGAGACCAGUUGCUUCUGGUGUACGAGUACAUGGAAAACAACUCCCUCUCUCGUGCACUUUUUGGUAACCAUAGAGCAGGUUCCGAAACAAGUGCUCUGAUGCUGGAUUGGCCAACAAGGUAUAAGAUAUGUGUUGGAAUAGCCAGAGGUUUAGCAUUUCUCCAUGAAGGAUCUGCAAUCAGGAUCGUUCACAGGGACAUCAAAAGUACAAAUAUAUUACUGGACAAAGAUCUAAAUGCCAAGAUAUCAGACUUCGGACUAGCUAAGCUCAAUGAAGAGGAGAACACUCAUAUUAGCACUCGAGUUGCUGGAACAAGAGGAUAUAUAGCUCCAGAAUAUGCACUGUGGGGGCAUCUAACAGAUAAAGCAGAUGUUUAUAGUUUUGGGGUUGUCGCCUUAGAAAUUGUCAGUGGAAAGAGCAACUCAAUUUACAGGCCAGAGAACGAAAAUGUUUGUCUUCUUGACUGGGCCCAUGUAUUGCAAAAAAAGGAAAACUUAAUGGAGAUAGUGGACCCAAAGCUGCAGUCUGAAUUCAACAAGGAAGAGGCUGAGAGGAUGAUCAAAGCGGCUCUCUUAUGCACCAAUGCUUCUCCAUCUAUAAGGCCUGCAAUGUCAGAAGUGGUAAGCAUGCUUGAAGGACAGACCAGCAUCCCGGAGGUGACCUCAGAUCCUAGCAUUUAUGGUGAUGAGUUACACUCCAAACGUGUCAAAGGCCACUAUCAGCAGGUCACAGACCAGAGUUUAAACAGCACACAAGACUUCUUUCCUCCAUCUGAUAAAUCAUGGAUUGGAAAUUCCUCUACAUCUGCCCCUGAACUCUAACCCAUCAAUCCCGUUUCCAUAAGUCUAAACCUCUGUGUAACCUCGUGUAUAAUUUGAAUAAAGCCAAAGACCAGAUCUUGGUAUGAUUAUGGAUUUAGACGUCGACGCUAACGUUUUGUUGCUUACCAUCCAUCUUGUAUGAUUAUGGAUUUAUAUUUUAUAAUUGUAUAUACGUAGACGGUCUCUGAAAGCUAUCUCCCUGGUUGUGAGAA